AUGAUCUUACACUUUUUAUCUCUUUAUUCUCUUUCUUUUUUUUUUCUUUCAAUUCUUUCUUUUUAUCUAUUUGUUCCUCCUCAUUAUUUACUACUCUUUCUUUUCCCUCUUUUUUUCUCUCUUGAAAGCUUUUCAUUUUCUGCCAUAUUUCUCUUUUACUUUUUAUUCUCACUUCUCUCCUUUUGGCCAUCUUUCUUCUUUCUCUCUUUUUUUUCUUUCUCUUUUAUACGCUCAAUAUUCCUAUCCUUUCUUUUCACUCAUUCCUAUAUAUCUGAUUUUUUAAAAAUAUUUCUUCUUUCCUUUUCUCUUUCUAUCUCUUAUACUUUCAUUAUUUCUUCCUUUCUUUCCUCUUUCUUUUUUCUUUCGCUUAUAUUCUCAAUAUUUAUUCUUUAUUUCUCUCUCUCUCACUCACUCUCUUAUACUCUCAAUAUUUCUACCUUUCUUUUACACACUAAAUAUUUCUUCCUUUCUUUUCUUUUUCUUUUUUCUUUCGCUUAUAUUCUCAGUAUGUAUGUAUUCUUUAUUUUUUCUCUCACUCUCUCUUUCUCUUUCUCUCUCUUAUACUCUCAAUAUUUCUUCUUUUCUAUUCUCUCGCUCCCUUUUAUACUCACAUUUACUUUGUAUUAUUUAUUUAUUUAUUUAUUUCAUUUUACUUAUUUUUAUGGUUUUAUUCUUUUUCAUGUUCUUCUAAAAUCUUUAUUUUCUUUUUCUUUUCGUUCAUUUUUUUUUCUUUUAUCUUUCUUUUCUUUGUGCAUUUUUCCUCUUUUUAAUUCUUUUACUUAUUUUUGUUUUGUUUUUACCUUUUAUUUUUUUUCCCUUUUUUUCUUUUUUUAUUCAUCCAUUUUUCUUUUUGUGCCUCUCGGCACUGAUUUUAUCAUUGCAUAA